UGUUUAUAGUUUGCUAAAACAAGGGGGAUUUUUUACCUGUUUUUAUUACUAUAUGUUGUUCUGGAUCUGGAUGGUACGUUGCAGGGCCUUUCAGCAUAUAAGCAACGUAGCAUCAUGAAUAUCAUAUCAAGGAUUUUUGUUCGUUUCUGUGAAAUAUCGAAAAUAAUACUCACAAAAUAAGAACCAUAAGAAAUACUAAAAAUCCUGUUUAUUUAUGUAUUUUCAGGUGGAAAGUUCAGAACCGGCAUACAAAUGUAAUGACGAAGACCAACAGGCGGAGAAUGAAGAGUAUGAUGGGCCAGACUGUACGUUAACUACAAGCAGUGUAUCCGAGUAUGCUUCAAUCAAGUUCCAUGACUAUGCUGGCCAGAUUGAAUUUACUGUACCGAAAACGCUGAAUAAAGACACACAGGCUGACAAAGUAGGAGUGUCCUUUUCUACUCAGACGGAAGGGACUAGUUCAGUUUCAGUUACUAAGUGUAGUGUUUCAACACAAACAGACUUUGAAACUCCAUUAUGUAAAUGUAUGUCAAAAACAACUUCUGAAGUUGGAGUACAAGUUAACAAACCUGACCUGACUGUGGAAGACAUUAAAAGUAAUGAGAUGUGUAUGUUUUACACAGGUCUACCUAAUGUGGAAACUUUUCAUUUACUUUUUGAUGAAAUGGAUGAUGUAGACAGUCACACAAAUAGAUGCGGAAAUGUAGAAAACAAGGGCCGGCCAAGAGCGCUACGACUUAUUGAUGAUUUUUUUUUAGUGUUGAUGCGUUUAAGAUUAGGGCUUCUUCUUGAGGACUUAGCAAGGAGAUUCCAUGUGUCAAAAUCAACAUGUUCAAACAUAACAAACCAGUGGAUUUCAUACAUGAGUGUGAAACUGUCAACAUUAGUUGCUUGGCCAUCCAGAAAGACAUUAAAAGUUACAAUGCCACAGAAGUUCAAACGGAAAUACCCGAACUGCCGCAUAAUAAUUGACUGCACUGAGUUCUACACAGAAACACCACAAUCACUUGCUAACAAAUCAAUGAUGCACUCACACUACAAGUCACAUAUGACUUGGAAGGCACUUUUAGGAAUAAGUCCAUCUGGAAUUAUAACUUUCGUUUCGGACCUAUGGAGUGGAAGCAUUAGCGAUAAACAGUUGACAAUUAAGUCAGGACUCCUUGAUUUGUGUGAAGCUGGUGAUGGGAUAAUGGCUGAUAAGGGUUUUCUAAUAUCGGAUUUGACAACACCACGCGGCAUGCAUCUGAUUAUUCCACCCUUGAAAUUACAAAAGUUUAACCGCCAAUAAGUUGAAGAAACAAGGAGAAUCGCAAACUAUGCUAUGGAAAGAGUGAAAAACUUCAGAAUUUUGCAAGGUGUAAUGCCUAUAACAUUGUCUAAGCAAGCAUCCAAAAUCCUGGAAGUUUGUGUUGCUCUGUCAAAUUUGUUGCCACCAUUAGUACAUGAUGAUGACAAUUGAAUAUGAUCAUUGUUAAAAGACAGUACUGGGGAAUAUACUUUUAUUAACAUUGCUUCAGGCUUCUUUCUUGAUAUGUUCUUAAACUUGUUUAAUAAAAGUUUACAUUUUAUGACAUGAAAGAUCAUAUACAUACUAUUUAAAGCUGCGCUCUCACAGAUUUACCAUUUUUACAACUUUCUUGCCAAUUGAUGUUGCCUAGUUAAGAGCACAAUUGCAUGUUGUUUGCUUUGGUUUAAUCACCAAUAUAAUUGUAACUUUACUUCUGAAAAUAAACUGUUACACACUUAAUGUACUUUUUGUAUGAUUUGUUGUCUCCUUUGAGCUGGAAUUGGCAUUGCAGAGUUUAGUGCUCUGGCUUGAUUAAACUGAUUGAAUCUAACCUCCACCGACUUACACUCAUUAGGCCUAAAAAAAAAAUUGUUUGGUUAGGGUUACAUCCUUAAAAAAAAUAGGUAGGGUAGGUAGGCUUUUUUUUUUUUUUCUUUUUUUUUUUUUAUUAGGUUUUAUAUAAGAAUAUAAUUUUCAUCAUUGGAGAAUGGUGUUAAAGCUAUCUUCUGUACAAGCAUUUAAGGUUUAAACUUAAUAUUAAAAAGCAAUUAAAACAAAAACGAAAUAUUAUUAUUUUUUAUUUUUUUUUAGUUUUUCAUUUUUUUUUUCAAACUGACUAUAAAAACGGUAGGGUCGGCGCCUAUGCCGUAGGUAGGGUCGGGUAGCCCGAACCAAAUGUAUUUUUUUUUUAGGCCUUAUUCAUUAAGACAAAACAACCACUCUCGUUAAAGACUUUAUCAUAGCAUUUGUCAUUCCAGUUAAAUGAAGUUAUGUAAUACCAGUUAACAAUCAAAGAACUGAUUCAACACUCUAAAAACCAUAGCCGGCAAGUGACAUCUGUACAUUUAGAUUUACUUGGUUACCCACUUGACUCUUGCGUCUGAACACAAACACUGUUUUUCAAUAAAAGAAGAAAAAGAAACUAAUUAUUUUCAUUCCAAGCAUUUUAUUCAAUUCAAGUAUUGUUGUCAAUGAAAAAGAGCAGUUCAUGAUGAUACAUUUAAUAAGAUCAUAAAAACACAGGUAUAAAUCAAAGAAUUAAUCAACGACACAAAAAUGUUUAUGUGAUAUAUAGUAUCGGUGGCCGUGUGGACUAGCUGGUUGUUUUCAAUUUUUUUUCUAUACUUGAGAAGUGUGGUCUGAAUCCAAAACCCACAAAAUCAAAAUACUUUUUAUGCUAUAAACUGUAUUUUUUGUGCAAUUUAUAUAUCAUAGAGUAAACUAAUGAUCAAUAAGAGCUUUCAUUUGCUUUACUGGGAAAACUGUUUUUGUUCAAAACAUAAGCGAGUCAUUUUAAGUAUGAGUUUUAGACUCGCACUAAAAAAACUGA